AUGCGAGCUAAUCGUGGCCCUCUUCUCUUCAGCGCUGCCAUGGCAAGUGGCGCUGCAGCCCUCGUCAGCCCUGAUGGAAUAGGUCGUCUACCUGCACUAGGCUGGAGCUCGUGGAACGAGUACGGUUGUGAUAUCAACGAGACCGUGCUUUUGCGUGUCUCAGAGCUAGUUGUCGACCUCGGCCUUCAGGAGGUUGGGUAUGAGUACAUCAACAUUGAUGACUGCUGGAGCGACAAGGAGAAGCGUCGUGACAACUCGACGGGCCGUAUCCUCGUGGACAAGGUCAAAUUCCCCAACGGCAUAAACGGACUAGCGGAAGAAAUUCACGCCAAGGGAUUAAAGCUGGGCAUCUACUCUGAUGCUGGCACACUUACUUGCGGUGGCUACGAAGGUUCGCUCGGCCAUGAAGAAGUCGACGCCGCCACAUUUGCCGAUUGGGGCAUCGACUAUCUUAAGUAUGAUAACUGCAAUGUCCCCGAGGAGUGGACCGACGAAUACAUCUACUACCCGGAAGAUCCCAACAACGUCAUCCCACCCCCUGGCUAUAGCUACGGCGACUCCAAGACGGCCGUCCGCUACAAUCGGAUGCGUGACGCCCUGCUUCACCAGAACCGCACCAUCCAGUACUCCCUCUGCGCCUGGGGCCACGCCCGCGUUGAGCAGUGGGGUAAUGGAACGGGCCACUCAUGGCGCAUGUUUGGCGAUAUCUUACCCGAGUGGGCGGGCAAGUACGAUUACAGCUGGGGUGUUUUACCUAUAUUGAACCAGGCAGCGCGUCACUGGAACGAUACCGGCUUCUGGGGUCACAAUGACUGGGAUAUGCUCGAGGUUGGCAACGGAAACCUAACGUACGAGGAGAGCAGGAGUCACUUUGCGCUGUGGGCUGCGCUCAAGAGCCCCCUCAUCAUCGGUACCAAGCUCGAGGGUGUUAAGCCUGAGAUACUCGAGAUUCUCAAGAACAGAGAGCUCAUUGACUUCAACCAGGACAAGGUCUACUCGGAUUCAGUCCGUCCUUACGGUCUCAACGGGCCUGUGCCCAUCACUACGCCAGAUAUCGUGCACCCGCCCAACAAGUACGUUGGCGCCUCGGUCAAAGGUCUACACGUCUUUCUCCUCAACACCGAAGAUCAAGAACGCGAGUUCGUUGUAGACUUCAAAGAAGUUCCUGGACUGAGGUCCUCGCGGCACGUAAAUUUCUUGGUACAUGACAUGUGGACGGGUGAGGAUAUUGGCAAGGCGGAGAAGAAGAUCAAGAUCAAGAUUUCGGCGCACGACACUGCUGCGCUUAGAUUCACGACUAUUCACGGCCAGCACCCCAACCCCAACUGGACUCCUUCAUUGGGAUGA